AAAACUCUUUUUCAGACUUCGCGCAAUGGAUCUUCUCUGCAACGCAUACUCGACCAAUUCAGACGACGAACCCGAAUCCGAACCCAAAUCAAAACCCAUAUCCAGAAAUCCCCUUUUUCCUCCGUCAAAAAGACCCAGACCCAGACCCGAAUUCUCGUAUCCCCUGACAGAGCCUCGUUCCGUGCCUCUCCCGAACCAACUCUACUCAAGUCUUCACAACGAAACUCCGGUUGCUGGCAGAUACAUAUCAAAGAGAGAGCGAGCGCUUUCCGGUUCCAUUGUCCCGACAGUUCCUGAACCCGGCCCGAGCCAGAACCCAACUGUCACUAAACCAGUCCUGGGAAGCAUUUCAGAAUCAGAUAUACCACAUGAUAUUCUGUCAUCAUUGAGGUAUCGACCAAAGCGCCGUGUACAACAAAGCAGAUUAUCUGGAAGGCUGUUUGCAGCUCUUUGUUGUCAUACAAAAGCUGUGAAUACAAUACAAUGGUCACCAACUCAUCCUCAUCUUCUUGCUUCUGCUGGGAUGGAUCACUCAAUCUGCAUAUGGAAUGUGUGGAGCAGACAUCAGAAGUUAGCACGUGCUUUUAGCUUCCAUAAUGCAGCAGUGAAUGAUGUAAAGUGGUCUCCACAGGGACUUUUUGUGCUUUCUUGUGGCUAUGAUAGCUCAUUGAGGUUAAUUGAUGUUGAAAAGGGGAUAGAGACACAGAACUUCAAGGAAGAACAAGUUAUUAGAGUUAUAAAGUUCCAUCCCGACAACCCCAACCUCUUCCUUUCUGGGGGAUCAAAGGGCUCUAUCAGAUUGUGGGAUAUUAGAAGGGGCAAGGUGGUACAUGAAUACAUUCGAGGUUUGGGUCCAAUUCUUGAUGUUGAAUUUACCAUCAAUGGGAAGCAAUUUAUCUCUUCCAGUGAUGUAUCGGGAGUCAAUAUGAGUGAGAAUUCUGUUAUUGUUUGGGAUAUCUCGCGAGAGGUUCCAUUGUCUAAUCAGGUUUAUGUGGAAGCCUAUACGUGUCCCUGUAUUAGGCACCACCCGUUUGAUCCCUAUUUUGUUGCACAGUCAAACGGAAAUUAUAUAGCAAUUUUUUCUUCAAGUCCUCCUUUCAGGCUUGACAAGUACCGGAGAUAUGAAAACCAUGUGGUAUCUGGGUUCCCAAUCAAGUGCAAUUUCAGCUUGGAUGGAGAGAAGCUUGUGUCAGGCUCCUCAGAUGGUUCUAUUUACAUAUAUAACUGUAGAUCCACAAAGCUUGAUAGAAAAAUCAAGGCGUAUGAGCAGUCUUGCAUAGACGUUGCUAUCCAUCCCAUCCUGCCUGACAUAAUUGCUUCGUGCAAUUGGCAUGGAGAUAUUUCAGUAUUUGAAUGAGACAGCUUAUCCAACAUCUAAUGCAACAAAUUUUGUUUCUGGACCUUUUGGUAACUUCCUUUGGCAACCAUGCGACAGUGACUCUUGCAACUUCACUGUACUGUGAUAUAUAU